AUGAAGGACAAGCUGAAAGAGGAGCUGGCGGGAGUGCUUGCGGAGCUGCGGGUAGGGUCAACAGACCUCGCUCCUUGCGGACCCGGCGUCUCCCACCUCCUCCCACGGUCCUUUGCCGCCCUCUCCGACCCGUUUCCCGCCUCUACGACCACCGCAGCAUCCCUCGCAGCUACCCUUCUUCGCCUAGCCGAUGAGAAGUUGAACUCGUACCCUUACAAGGACGUCCCGCUCUGCUGGCGACGGCUCUACACGGAUGCUGUCCUCUUGGGAGCACUCGCACGGUUACAGCAAGUCGAGAAGGAAAUCGAAGAGCGGAAGAAGGAGCUGAGCAAGACGGUCAGGGAAUUGGACUUAGCGAUUGUGAUCGCGGGCGCGCCGGGCGAAGGGAGGGAGGACAUGGUGCUCCGGCUGAUCUCAGUCGUUCAGGCGGAGCUGGCCUCGCUCGUUCAUUCGGUCGAGUCAGACAACGAUGACCGACCAUCGAAGCGACGGCGACUAUCGUUCUCAGCCCGUCCUGCCUCUUCUCUCCCUCCACCCUACAUCCACCGCCCUCUCGCCGAACUUCCCUCCCUGCCCUCCUUCCUCCUGCUGGACCCCAUUCCUUCUCACCGUGUCCCCUUCAUCGUCCGCAAAGCCGCCCUCGACUGGCCCGCCGUCGAGACAUGGUCGUCGCUCGAUUACCUCCGCCGAGUCGCUGGCGAAGGGAGGGUGGUACCAGUUGAGGUGGGAGGAGACUACACGAAGGAGGGUUGGGGACAGCGGAUGCUGGAGUUUGAGGAGUUCUUGCGGUCGCUGGAGGAGGUUGAGUGGAACUCGCAAGAAGAUGGCGAAGAACGGCCGUACCCAACUCCCGCCUCGACUGACGACGGCUCGCCGGAGGUCUCAUCGACGUCGGAGGACCGCGGUACGCCCUCGUCCCGACAGAUCCUCUACCUCGCACAACACUCGCUCUUCCGCCAAUUCCCCUCUCUCCUGCGCGACGUCCCCAUCCCCGAUCUCGUCUACUCCUCGCCCUCGACAGACGGUACAGGCGAGUCGUACGAGCCGCCCGCGACGGAAGAUGGCUACAUUUUGAAUGCGUGGUUUGGGCCGGGCGGGACGAAGAGUGCGGCGCAUACCGAUCCUUGGUGGAAUUGCUACGUCCAGGUCGUCGGGUCCAAGUGGCUCUGGGUCGCUCCGCCAUCCUGCUCGCCCUACAUGUCCGCUUUUGGCACCGCUCCUCCCUCUACCGCAUGCUCCGAUACCACCAACUCCCUGCCCAGCGAAGUAGGCGGCUCCGCCCCAGCCGAGCAGUACAUGACCAACACCUCUUCGCUCGACGUGACCGUUCCUCCGCCUCGGUCGUCCAACUCCCCUUGCGCCGACGAAUAUGACGCGAAGAAACCUUCGCCGUACCCUCUCGCUUUUGCUGAACACGUCGAACCGCACGCUCGACAGGCUGUCCUCGAAGCGGGAGACGUUCUUGUCAUGCCACCCAGGUGGUGGCACGCCAUGUACGGGCUCGAGAGGAGUUUCUCUGUCUCGAUGUGGUUCUGA